AUGAUUGCUAAGAAAGACUCCUCCCUAAAUUGCCUCAUAGAGAGAAUAUUUGUCAUAUACGAGUAUACCUCGCUUGGCACGCAGAUACAAUUGUACGACUUACGCUCAAAUACUAAAAUGUCUCCUAAAAAAAUUGAUAAAAAAUUAACAGACCCCAAAUUUAAAUCAUUUAAAGACACGUAUCCCCACUGCGCUUUCGCACUCGCGUUAGCCUUAAUCUAUCCAAAUAGAAAGAACUUUCGGAAUCGAAUGAUAUGUAUCUUUGCCGUAAUCGUUUUAAAUACUCCCAAUCUAUUAUGGUUUUCAAUGUACCUAUUUAAAUGCCUCCGUAUCUUAGACAUGUUUAAUCUAGCAAGGAACAUCACUAUUGGCGUUUUGAUUUGUAUUUUUUUCUUUAAGUCAUUUUACGUUAACUACAAGAACGACCUGUUUGGUGAGUUGCUCGGUAAAAUAUCAGAAGAUCUUCUUAAAGGCAAUGAUAUGGCAGAAGAUUACCAAGAAAUAUAUGAACAAUACAUACAAUUAGGAAAAUUUUCUGAAGCCUUGUGGAUAAUCAUACCGAUGUUUUUAAGUUCUCAAUUCCCAAUAUAUGCUGCAGUGACCAUGAUAAUUGAAAGUGUAAAAAGUGACACAGGAACGAGAUAUAUGGUUCACGAAAUGGAUUUAAAGUACAUAGAGGACAUACAAUAUGAAUCUCCGUACUUUGAAGUAUUAUGGGCGUAUAAUUUAUUGCCAUGUAUCGUUCUUAUGCUAAACUUUGUUGGAUUCGAUGGUUCUUUCUGCAUAGCGACAACUCACCUGCGGCUCAAACUGAAACUGAUGUCGCAUAAACUCUACAGAGCAUUCAAAGACUCAAGCAACAGAAACGAGCUCGAGGCAAAAGUGAAAGAUGUUAUUAAAGAUCACCAAGGAUCACUUCAGUUUUAUAACCACUUGCAAAACUUGUAUGGCGGCUGGCUCCUUGUCGUGUUUCUUUUGACAUCUCUUAUAAUAUCAAUGAACGUGUACCAGAUUUAUCUCUGUCAACAAAUCCACCCUAAGUACACAAUAUUUGCAGUUAGUGGUAUGAUUCAUAUGUUUGCGCCUUGUUAUUUUUCUAGUAAAUUAGAGAAGGCAGGUGAAGAUUUCAGCGCAAGCAUUUACUGCGUAGCCUGGGAAAAAUGGGCUGACCCUUCUGUCACCAAGCUCUUGAUAUUUAUGAUUGCCAAGUCUCAGCAACCACUGAUACUCACAGGGAAAGGAAUGGUCUACAUCAACAUGCAAUUGUUUGUAUCUGUACUACAAACGUCUUACUCUUUCUUUACAUUAAUUUCUAGUUAA